CUCAGAAGUUCAAUUGACAUUGCAGACUUACAUGUUAUAGGUAACAUGAAAACAGCAGAUAGAAAAAUCAUAAUUUUUCUGUGUUUUAGUGGUUUACUUUUACAAGUAUCAACAUUAUUUGAUGGCGCACACCCACAUCUAUUGUACGCUAAUAUACUUCAAAUUGACUCAAUUGAAAUAAACACAUGGAGAAACAACAGUGUUGUUCCAGGCUUGUCCAGGGCAAUAUCAUUGGAUUAUCACUAUUCCAUGGGACUCAUCUUCUGGACAGAUGUUCUAGAAAUGAAAAUAGCAACGGUGCAUAUAGAUAACAUGCUGAACAUAAACGAAGACAUAAUAAGAACAAAGAUUGGUAGACCUGAUGGUAUAGCCGUUGAUUGGAUCUACGACCAUCUGUAUUGGACUGAUGAUGUUUACCGCCAUAUACAAGUCUCCAAUCUAGACGGCAGCAUGAGAAGGACACUUAUUGAUUAUGGAAUAGAAAGACCCAGAGCUCUCGCUCUAGAUCCUAACAGAGGAAUAAUGUUCUUCUCGGACUGGGGAAGUGUUCCUCGGAUAGAAAGAUGUGGACUAGAUGGACGGGAUAGGCAGAUCAUAGUUGUGACAGAUAUUGCUUGGCCUAAUGGACUUGUUAUAGAUCACAAAGAUGAAAGACUUUACUGGACAGAUGGAGCUUUAUUUCAAAUUAAAUCGUCAACGUUGGAAGGAAAAGAUGUGAAGACAAUAAUUAAAAAUGCCAAGUAUCUGCCUCAUCCAUUUGGUAUCGCUGUUCAUGACCAAUAUGUUUACUGGACUAAUUGGGAGUAUAAAUCGCUGUUGAGAACUAAUAAAUACGACGGAUCUUACGUCGAAACGGUGCAAAGAGACUUGACGUCACCAAUGGAUAUUAAAUUGUAUGACAGCAAUGUUCAGCCAGAUUUGGGAACCAAUGUUUGUGGAUAUUUUAACCGAGAAUGUUCACAUCUGUGUUUUCCAACAUCACCAUGGUCAGAAAGAAACGUUAAGUACACGUGUUCUUGUCCAGAUGGAUAUGAUAUCGAGUCUGAUAAUCAAACUUGUACAAAACACGGAGAAAAUGCACAGUUAAUUAUAGCUGAACAUCAGAGCAUUUCUAGGAUAGAUUUAGAAUCUCUUCAAUCAGACGCUCUUGAUGUUACAGGCUUGCUGAAUACUGUAGCAGUAGACUUCCACUUGGAAAAAGAUCUGAUAUUUUGGACAGAUGUUUCAUUAAAAGGCAUUUACGUUUCUUAUUUGUCUGGAGGAUUGCUAUCAGGGCUAGGAAUACGAAAAACUAUAAUAUCAGAGGAUAUAAAUACACCGGAUGGUAUGGCGGUAGAUUGGAUAUAUGACCAUAUUUACUGGACAGAUGCAGGCCUGAACCAUAUACAAGUGUCCAAUCUAGAUGGAACAUUUAGGAAAACUUUGAUCAAUUCUAGAUUAGAUGAACCAAGGGCUAUAGCUUUACUUCCACAAGAAGGCUUAAUGUUCUUUACUGACUGGGGUAUCAACCCAAAGAUUGAACGGUGUGCUAUGGACGGCACCGAACGAUACACAAUAAUUACCAAGGAAAUAAGAUGGCCAAAUGGUAUUGUUAUCGAUAACAUUGGAAGACGUAUAUAUUGGACUGAUGGUUUUCUCCAACUUCUUAAAUCAUCGACAUUUGAUGGUACUGAUGUUUUUACGAUAGUCCAGUUUGCUCAAAAGACAUUUCCACAACCAUUCGGUAUAGAAAUAUAUGAUGAUCAAAUAUAUUGGACCAACUGGAAUGCUAAGAGUGUUUACACUGUUCAUAAAUAUAAAGGCAAUGAUAUGAAGCCACUUAUAACUGGGCUAAAAGCACCGAGAAAUCUGAAGAUCAUAUCGAAAGAAACACAGAAAAAAGGUACAAAUCUAUGUGGGAAUAAUAAUGGUGGCUGUCAUCAUCUGUGUCUCCCUGUUCCGAUCACUUUAAAUAGUGCAGGCUAUAGCUGUGUUUGUGCUGAUAUGUAUCAUAAGGAUAACGCAUUACAAUGUAUUAAGAAAGAUCCAGCAGAGUUGGUAAAAGACGAGCUGUAAAGACGGAAACUAAAUAUUUGUUACACUUUGAGAGUUUUUGUAACUUUUAAAUGAGAUCUACUGCUGGUGCUAGUAUAUCAUAAAUUUGUACUAUUAUAACACUUUCAUCAUUCUACGACCAAUUAUUUUUCUAGACUGAUAUUCCAUACGGAGUUUUUCGUAGCAAGUGAACUAGAGCAAACAAAAGUUUUGAAAAUCUACUGUGAUAAACAAAUUGAUCAAAAUAAUUGUUAGGCUUUACACACAGAGAUAUUUUGCAACAAUAAAUCAUUAAAAAUUC